UCCGGUCAUGGAGAGGGAAGUGCGAAAAGUUAUUUAUGAUCGUGGGGGCGUGUGCGCAAGCGCAAGCGCCGCUCAUAUAUUGGGCCGGGCGAGGACCGCUGUCAUCAGUCGCUUCCUCGGCGUUGCGCGUUUUCUGCUCUUGGCAUUUUUUGGGCCCGUGGACUGGGAGGGACCAUGGCGAUGAACUACAACGCCAAGGAGGAGGCGGACGGCCACACGUCGGGCGGCCUGGGCUCCAUGCCGGGCAGCAGCGGCGUCGGUGGGGCCGGCGGGGCGCCCGGGACGGUCGGAGGCGCCGUCAAGAGCCGCAAGCCGGACAACACGGCGUUCAAGCAGCAGCGCCUGCCGGCCUGGCAGCCCAUCCUCACGGCCGGCACCGUCCUGCCGGCCUUCUUCGUCAUCGGCCUCAUCUUCAUCCCCAUCGGCAUCGGCAUCUUCGUCACCUCCAACAACAUCCGCGAGUUCGAGAUUGAUUAUACAGGGACAGAACCAAAUAGUCCCUGCCAUAAAUGUUUAAAUGUGUCCUGGAACAGCACACCAUGUCAGUGUACCAUUAGGUUCACAUUGGAUCAACCUUUUGAGAGCAAUGUGUUCAUGUACUAUGGGUUGUCCAACUUUUAUCAAAAUCAUCGUCGUUAUGUGAAGUCUCGGGAUGAUAGCCAGCUAAAUGGAGAUAAUACUUCUUUAUUUAACCCCAGUAAAGAAUGUGAACCUUAUCGCACCAGUGAUGAAAAGCCUAUUGCUCCUUGUGGAGCUAUUGCCAACAGCAUGUUUAACGAUACCUUGAAAUUGUUUCGCAUUGAUCGUAAUCAGUCAGACCCCAUACCUAUUGCUUUGACAAAAAGGGGGAUUGCUUGGUGGACAGACAAGAAUGUUAAAUUCAGGAAUCCUUCUGGAGCUUCAGGCAACUUGACCAUUCUUUUCCAAGGUACAGCAAAACCUGUCAACUGGCCCCAACCAGUGUAUAUGCUAGAUACGUCUGAUCCAGAAAACAAUGGAUUCAUUAAUGAAGACUUCAUUGUGUGGAUGCGUACAGCAGCACUACCUACAUUUCGGAAGCUGUAUCGCCUUAUAGAGAGGAAGGAUAAUUUGCGCCCCACUCUGCCAGCUGGAAACUAUUCUUUGGAAAUAGCAUACAAUUAUCCUGUGCAUAGCUUUGAUGGGCGGAAACGGAUGAUCUUGAGCACCAUAUCGUGGAUGGGAGGCAAAAAUCCAUUUCUGGGCAUAGCCUACAUAACAGUUGGCUCCAUCUGUUUUUUUCUUGGCGUAGUGCUACUCAUCAUCCAUCACAAAUAUGGAAAUCGGAACAAUAGUGCAGAUAUUCCCAAUUAAGUCCAACCACUCCCAACUCACAUGUGUGGCAUGUGCAUCAAGGCCAGUCCAGAGUUGACACAGCUCUUUGAAAGUGCUAUUCUGAGUAAAUGUUGCUUCUGACACUGAAUGCAUAAAUAUAUCUGAAGCCUUGUUCCCUGAGAGUGGAUUGACUUCAAAAGGUUACCUAAAAACAGUGCUGAGGAGAGUAUUUUUGAGGUUUGCCUCUUGAUGGACAGUUGUCAUGAUGCGCAUAUAGUCUUUCCUUACCUAAUGCAUUUGCUGCUUGUUUGUGUGCUUUGUAAUAUGUCAAUACUGUGUAUAAACUGUACAGAAAAUGUGUUCAGGGUAGAGUAGCUUGUUAAUAAUUUUGAGGUGUGCUGGUGCUACUGGAAGGAAAAUAGGCCCAUCUGCUGUUUUCAUCCCGCAAGGCAUUGUGCGCAUGGGCUUCAUGACACCCCUCCUGCAGAAGUGCUUACUGUAUUAAAUGUGUACCACUCACGCUGCAUUGGGGCCCAUCUAUGUGUUUGAAGAUCCAGUAUGUUCCCAAAAGUGUGUUUGGCAUGUAAACAUGCACAAAAAAUGAUGUUCCUGUUGACUGGUGACAUUCAAAAGCUGCUUUCCACAUGGAAAUAACUGCUCCAUGAAAAACAUUUGCUUUAAAUUAAACAUGAUGUCCUCUUA